AUGUUUAAAAACUUCUUAAAGUUGAGUUCGUUAUCACAGAUUCUGGCGUUUAUUUUGGGUAUACUUCAAGUUGAAGGCAGACCGCAAGAUGUACCUACCAAUGGCGAAGUAGCUACCAAUGUACCAAGCAUAUUCAGAGUUGGACUCGGCGUAAAUUUAUUCAAUACAGGAACAACCAGAUUAAAUGAUUACGCAUUCAUUGAUGACGAGGACGACGAUGGUGAUGAAGACGAAAUCAUCUGUCUUGAACGAAUUAUUGGAAUGUCAUAUUGCCCAGAAGUUCCAAAUUAUUCGGAAGCUACACAAUUGGACAAGAUCGACCCCCAACAAUUCGAGCAGUUCAAAUCAUAUUUUCAGGAUGAUUUAAUGCAACCGGAAAACGCCGUUGGUCGUGUGGUGGAUGAGACGGGGAAUUGCGUUACUAAGUCACGCGUAAUUUAUCCCCAGGGUGGCCUUACCAAAGAGUCCAAGUGGGUGCUGAUCGUGCAACAUAAGCAGCAUAAGCAAGGGGUGCUAGUGAGCUGGUGUGAAAAGAUUGAGUUGCCUUGCAGAUAUAAUUUGUUGUACGGCUAUUCGAGAUGUAAACAACGUUUCGUCUAUAAGAAAUUUGUGGUGUUGGUGAAUGGUGUGAUGAAGGAGGCGAUGAUUAAAUUACCGAGCUCUUGCGAAUGCGCUCUGGAUGCCGAUAUGGCUAAAAAUUAA